AUGGCCAACCAGUUGUGUACUCCAAACAAACUGAAGCAUAAAUUGCAGCUGAAGAAGUACCUCAAACCUUACACCUGCGAUGGCUGCAAGGAAAUAGGCUUUGGGCCUCGCUACCGAUGCGAGGAGUGUAAUUUUGAUCUUCACAAAGCUUGUAUGUUUCCACAAGACUCGCCAACUUUUCAUGAAUUCUUCCCACAGUCCGCCUUCGAGUUCUUAAAAACCCCACCAAAGGCCUGCCACGACCAAUGCAAAAAGUUUUGCGACGCCUGCACAAAGACAAUCAAUGGCUUUAUGUACCACUGCAAGAGAGACAAAGACGAGCUGGAUCUCCACCCCUGCUGUCGAAACCUCGACAAGAAUUACAAAAUUGAAAACGUGGAGUUCAAUCUCUCCAACAAAGUCGAGGGGGAGUGCAUGUGGUGCAAGAAGGAGACCAUCAAUCCCCAUGUCAAAAGCAAUGGUUGGUCCUACAUAUCUAAGCGCGGGAAGUACCUUGUUCAUGUGGCUUGUGUUACUGAAAUGGCUUUAGAGGAAUGGCACAAGAAUGGAAGAGACUGGAUCAAUGCCAAUAAUGCCAAUCAGGACAUACAACUGGCCCUUGAGAAGGUGACUCUGAAAGCAAUUAAAGCUCGAGGACGUGGGGAAGGCAGCAAAGGGAACAAAUAUUGGAAAGUCAUAAAGGUCUUCAUCAAGACCAUUGUUAGUAUCGUUCUUGGAGAUCCCACUACAGUUCUGGCGUCUCUUUUCGUCGAGCUGAUUGCAUAA